AUGGAUGUAGCACAUUGCUAUUUAGAAGGUAAUGCAGAUGCUGUGGAGUUUUGCCCACAUAAUGGGCACCACAAUGUUUUAGCAGCGUCCACUUACACACUACAAGAAGCUGAUCAACCCACUAGAUGUGGAAGCAUUUCACUAUUCAAUGUUGAUGGGGACACAGACAAUUUUGAGACCGUUUAUAGUGAGGAGACUAGUGGGAUUUUCGAUAUAAAGUGGAAUCCACCCUCAGGGAACACAAGUCCUUUUCUAGGUCAAGCAGAUGCUGAUGGAUACUUGAGAAUUAAGAGGCUGGAUGGUUGCUGUGAUGGAGUGGAAGGGACUUGUCUAAAAGAGAUUACAAGUGAGAAAAUUAGUAACUCAAUGUGUUUGUUCCUCGAUUGGAAUCCUUCAUCCACAUCAAUCACAGUUGGGCUUUCUGAUGGCUGUGUCUCUAUUGUUUCUCUUCUUGAAUCCAAGCUGGAAAUACAAGAGGAGUGGAAGGCACAUGAUUUUGAACUUUGGACAACCUCUUUUGAUAUCCAACAGCCAAAUUUGGUCUAUACCGGCUCUGACGAUUGUAAGUUUUGUUGUUGGGAUUUGAGGGACAGUCCUUCCAAUCUUGUAUUUAAGAACUCCAAAGUCCACACAAUGGGUGUUACUUGCAUCGAAAAGAGUCCUCAUGACCCAAAUAGAUUAUUAACUGGCAGCUAUGAUGAAUUCUUGAGGGUUUGGGAUUUAAGAUCAAUCUCAAAACCUGUUAAUGAAACUUCAAUCAGUUUAGGUGGAGGUGUUUGGAGGGUGAAACACCAUCCCGUCAUUCAAGGCCUUGUUUUGGCUGCUUGUAUGCACAACGGUUUUGCGAUCGUUGGUAUUAAAGGCGACAAAGCUGAGGUGUUGGAAACAUACAAGAAGCAUGAUUCACUUGCAUAUGGAUCAGACUGGCAGAAAGGAGAAGUGAAGCUCAUUGAAGGGAGAAGUAAACCAGUAGUUGCCACUUGCUCAUUCUAUGACAAACUUGUCAGGAUAUGGAGGCCAAGUAAUGAUAUUAUCUUGUUAUUGCUUGAAGGUGAUUUACAACUUGGCAUCUCAAUCCAAGAAGCAAGAAGAAACAAUUGA